GGAGCAGACGGCGCUGAGUGAGCCGAGUCGAGCGGAGCUGCAGAUGCUGUCUGAGCGGCAGCUCCGAGCGGACUGACAGCACAGGAAGGAGCCGCUGAGCCAUGGAUUCACCAGAAAGGUGUGCCUGUAAAGCUUUGGGCUGAGGAGGAGAGCCGUACAGGAGGAGAUGGGCUGCACCUCUGCCAAGCAGGUGUCUUCUGUUCCCAGCGAUGAGGAGGGCCAGAGCAAAUCCCACAGCAACGGGGACCUCGUCUCUGACGAGCACAAGAUGAGAGGCGUGGAGAAGGACAAGCUCAUCAGUGGAGAGGAGGCGGGAGACGGCGGCCAUGACGGCUCAGAGAAGAGCGCUCUGCUUGGAGUAGGACAACAUCCCAAUGAAUCGGGAUCCAACGGGAAGAUUCUGAGCAUCCACUCAUCGGAGAGCCAGCAGGAGUUCUUCCGGAUGCUGGACGAAAAGAUCGAGAAGGGUCGGGACUACUGCUCAGAGGAAGAGGACGUGACAUAGCCUCACCGUCCUGGAUCCGACAGGAUGGAAGACGGGGCGGACUCCGGGGCACAUGGGGCUUGAUCUUGUUUUAAUAAACGGCGGAGAGGGAUUGGAUUGAAGCCGGGACGUUUUCUCCCUCCCCUACCCACAGCCUGAGCUUGGUCGAUUCCAGCUGAGAUCUGGAAGAGACGGCCUCCGUCCGGAACGAAGCCAUCACACCGACCCAGAGUCAGAAACAUGAACUGAAACGUAUCAGACUACCGUCAGUAUUCAUCCACUCAUGUGGACCUGUGCUAAAGUUGCGUCAUUUUCUCCCGUGACAAGUCUCUUCCCCCCCCUGCAGCAGAGACGCAGUAUGAACCUGUUCUCGCCACAGCGCCCCCGUCUGUCCAGAGGUAUCUACGUCAAACAAGGCUCAGGGUUAAAGUGUUGAAGUGUAGCCGUCCCGGUCCUUCCUCUCACCGAGACACUUUCGCACCACGAAACGUACACAACAAAACGCACUGGCGCACCAGAGUUAGUCACGUUUCCUGCUUCAGUUUCUGUUCCGUGUGACGACGAGGUCGACGCUGCCGCAGCACACGGACGUCUUUCCCUGUAUGUCAGUCACCAGUGUUAAAUCUCUCAUUAUGUUUCUUUGUUUUGACUUUUUUUUCUUUUUUAGGAAAAUUAAAAGUGUUUACACGAA